AUGGACCUCACCCUGGCAGAGAAGCUGAGCUCUCUUGCCGGCAAGACGUUUUCAUUUGGGAAAUUGGAACCUGAACAGGUACCUGUUAGAGAAGUUACUGCGGGACAGAUGGCAGGAGUGCUAGGUUUAGUCACUACUCGCCCUGAUGUUCAAGUUGCCCAGCUGGCCCGGGCGCUUGCCUCAAAGAGCACUCGUAUCAACUGGCCUCAAGUGUUCGAGUACUGCGACGCUGCGACGUCCCAUCCGUUUAAUUUCACGCUCGCAUCUCCUGACAGUGUGGCUGCAGCCAUCGCCCUGAUUUCUGGAACCGGCCAUCUCGAAGGUGUCAAUGCGUUCUUGGCUCGCAAGUGGAAGACGCUAUCGCUUCAGAUUCAGCUGCUGAGCAGCAUUGCAUCUCUGCCACCUGCGCGUCUCAAUCUUUCGGGAAUGGGUGUUGAGAAGGUUGUUUCCGAGGGUCCCUUGGUCACUCACCCUCUGAACUUCGUCUUUCUAAUUCAUCUUGCAUUGGACGCGGUAUGUCGCGAACCUCCAAACGAAAUCACGGCCAAGACUUUUCUGGAUACUCAUGUGAAACUUGCUCCUGAUCUCUUUUUGUCUGGUGGUGUGCAAAUGCCCAAACCGUGGCCCUCUAUCUUGGAGCGUAUUCUUAUCAACCUCUUUGCUCUUACGUUUUCUGAAUCACCGGACCUGGCGUCUCCAGUGCUCAUUCAGCUACGCGAGAAGUAUCCCUCUUUCUUGUAUUUAGCAUGCUGGGACCUCUACGUUCGAGAUCCUUCUCAGCUGGACAGGAUCGCGCUGUACUCCGCAGGCAACGGCCAAACUAUGUUGGAUGAGUGGCUCGAACAGGAGCCCAAGACCGGAUUUGCAUUUGUGUUAGAAAUUGUUGCCGCAGCUGACCGUUUGGAGAUCUCUUCAGCUCGUGAUUUACUAGUAGCAAAGUUUGUCACCGGUGGACCCGAUGCGGUGAUUGCUUUGCUUGACUUUAUGGAACUCAAAAUGUCUGCUGCUGCUGCUGCUGCCAUGGCCGCUGCUCAAGGUGCACCUGCUGAGCCUUUAACCAAUCCUCUGACAUUGCGCACGGUCGCUGCUUUUGAGACUCUCACUGUGAGCAUGGAUAUUCCGCCCGAUCGCAUGGAACAGCUUAAAGCAAUUCAAGUUCAAUGUUUGCAAGUUUAUCCACGACUUAUCAACUUCGGUCAAGGUCAUGAUGAUGCAAUUCUGGCCAAUAAUGACUUGCCAACAUUCCCACUUGAUGUUGAGCAAGAAAUGAAGACCUGUUUCCAGCAAAUGUACGAGAAUCAGCUUCAGAUCCGUGAAGUUAUUACUAUGCUCGAGCAGCUCAAAGAAAGUGAUGAACCGCGUGACCAGGAUUUGUUUGCUUGUAUGGUACACUCACUAUUUGACGAGUACCGAUUUUUCCCGGAUUAUCCAGUGAAUGCAUUAGCGACUACGGCUGUGCUGUUUGGUUCACUGAUUCAUUUCCGGUUGAUAGACAACGUUCCCUUGAGUAUUGCCUUGCGAUUCAUCCUGGAGAGUCUUAAGCAGCAUGUCGAGUCGAAUAUGUUCCGAUUUGGUCUACAGGCAUUGUUCGAACUUCGCCAACGUCUUCCCGAGUUCCCAAAGUACUGCUCAGUACUUUUGACCAUCCCAGGCCUUGCAAGCCAGCAGCAGCUGUACCAGCAAAUUAAGGAUAUUGUUUAUCCACCUACCUCUUUGGAGGUUGCGUUUGAGGAUAACAAUUUCAAGAGUUUGAACUCUGAUGUGGGCUUGCCUCCUGUUACCAUUGAGGUUCCCCCCGAAGCUCUCAAGGAUAAGGUGCUUUUUAUUGUCAACAAUUUGGCUCCUUCCAACGUCAAAGAGAGAUCCCGUGAAUUGGCAGCAACAAUGAACAAACGCUAUUAUGCUUGGUUUGCCGAGUAUAUUAUCACCGAACGUGCAAUGAACGAACCAAACUACCACGAACUGUAUAUUUCCAUGUUGGCAACAAUCAACUCCAAGGCUGUGUUGUUGCAUUGUCUACGGGUUAUCUACAUGCAUGUAGUCCGGUUGGUGAACGAUGAAGAUGCCCUUGCCGCUUCGAAGCGUACACAGCUCAAGAAUCUGGGUAUAUUUUUGGGAAGUUUGCUAUUGGCUCGUGACAAGCCCAUUAUGCAUGAUAAUAUCAAUUUCAAGUUGCUACUGGCUGAAGCUUCGAACACUGAAAAACUUCCGGCUGUUCUCCCGUUUAUUGGCAAAACGCUCGACAAGUGCGCAAACUCAAAGGUGUUUGCUCCACCCAGUCCAUGGUUGAUGGGAAUUAUGGCAGUACUUGCUGAACUAUAUCAGUUUGGCAAUCUCAAACUCAACCUCAAGUUUGAGAUUGAGGUAUUGUGCAAUGCACUGGGGCUUUCGAUUUCAGAGAUCACGCCCGCUACUUUUAUCCGUAGCGAAGAAGCAAUUCAUCUUGAACAGGAGAUGAAAAGACUGGCACUGGACCCUACGGCUACAAUUCCUACUGUCCCGGUCGGUCCAAGCGUGCCCGGUGUUGCCGGACUGCCCAAUAUUCCUGGUGCAGUUCCUGGUGCUUUCGAACCUCCUUUCAACCAAUCGAAUAUGGAAGUUUCACCACUCCAGAUCUCGACUGCUUCGUUGCAGUUGAUGGGACAAACUGAUUUCGUCACCCAUCCAACUUUGCGCCGGUUCUUUGAGAUUGCGAUUGGUAAAACAAUUCAAGAAGUGCUUUUGCCAGUCGUUGAACGUGCUGCAUCUAUUGCUAGCUUCACAACAAAAGAGUUGGUCCUAAAAGAUUUUGCUUUAGAUUCAAAUGAAAAGAAUCUUGAGAGGGCUGCUCAUAAUAUGGCUUCGAUGUUAGCCAUGUCAAUGUCUCUGGUAACAGCCAAAGAUCCAUUUGCUGAGUCUUUGGUGGCAAAUCUCCGUCAAUUUAUGAUCCAGAAUAAUUACCGCGAGCACACUGCUAUCAUGGAUCAGAUCCCCAUUGCCGUACGUGACAACAUUGACACCAUCAUCUCCCUAGCUGAGGUUGCCGCCCGCGACCGUGCAAUCGCCGAGAUUGAUGAGGCUUUAUUACCGGCAUAUGCUGUCCGUCAACAAUAUAAACAAGCGGUUGCUGCCGGUCAGAACCCUGAGCCGUUUGUUGAUCAGAUGCCUAAUGAAUUUGCUCUUCAGCUGCCGGAGCCACUUGGGUUACGCUACGGAGGCCUGCUUCCUCAACAGUUAGCUGUUUAUGACGAGUUCUACAGCCCAGCUGGUGAACAUGUCAGUGGUGCCUUUGAUCCCGUUUCUGCCCCUGCCGCAGUACCUGCCGCAGCUGUCGAACAGGCAGUGGCACAGAUUGAGAGCGCUCUCGAAAGAUUACAAGUUUUGAUUGGUGAAAGCACUGCUGAAUGUAUUAGUGACCUGGGACCAGAUAACGCUAUUUUUGUUCUCAUGUCCCAAAUGCUUACCCUUGGUGUGCGGUCUCCUGCUCGUGAUGAACUGAUGCUCAAGACAUCUCAGCUGGUUGUUUCACAAGUAUUUAAACCCGGCAUUGGUCGGUUGCAGCGCGAAUGUUUAUGUUUCUUCCUUGGAAAACUCUGCGAGCUCAAUGCCUUGACGGCGAAAGAAGUGGUGCUGUGGCUGAUUUACAGUGACGAUGACCGCAAAUACAACGUUGAGGUCAUCAGUAUUUUACUGAGAGCCAGACUCGUGACCGCGUCCGAAGUUGACGUCAACCUUGUGAAGGAGAUUUUGGCACGCAACAAGCUUGCUAUCUCUUUCGCUGCCGGCCUCAUCUUGGAUGCUGUUCUCGGAGAGCAUCCUUAUUGCCUGCGUACUGAUUUUACUGGUCUACUUGAAGCGAUGGAGGUUCUCGUGCGUGAAGAUGGAGAUGACGUGUCGGCACAGACCGCACGAAGCGUUUUGAACGCACUUCAGAAGAGUCGAGGUGAGGGAUGGUCACCCUUGCCCAAAGACCCCAAGCUUUUGAAGGGUAAGGCUGCAGUCAAGGAUUCUGUUUCUGGUCCUUCUCUCAAGGACAAGAUGGGCUACGUGUUUGCAGAAUGGACCAGGCUGGUUCAGCACCCAUGCUGCACGCUCCGAUCUUUACAUUUGUUUGUGUAUACGUUGCACCAGCAUAAUAUUUUGAGCCACACUGAACCUCUUUACACGUUCGUGCGAACUGCAUUAGAGGGCUCUGUCGAGAGCUACGGUCGAAGCUUCAGCAGUGGAGCACCGGUCACCGAAGCAUUUGUCGGUGUUGACUCUUUGGCAAAGCUUCUUGUCACUGUUUUCCAAACCAGUGAGAGCAUGCCAACUGCUGCGCGUAAUCAAUACGCACACGGUUUGUUAAUGGUCUGCGCACUUGUGUUGGCUGAUCAACACGAGAAGGAUCAAGAACAGUUUAACGGAUGCCCCUACUUCCGUCUAUUCUCCACUCUUCUCUACGAGAUCUCCGUGGCAGACGAUGGUAGCACUUUUUGGCAAGGGCUUCUUUUGUCUGUGGCACAGGUUCUUCAAACUUUGCAGCCUCUCGCAUUGCCUGGGUUCACGUCUUCCUGGAUAACUCUUAUUUCCCACCGUCAUCUUAUGCCCAGACUCAUGACUAUGCCUGGAAGAAAGGGCUGGAACAGCAUGAAUGCUUUGCUGGAAGCUUUGUUACGAUUUAUGGGGGUGUAUAACAAUGCCAAGUCUCUCAGUGGAGCUGCUCAGAUCACGUACAAAGGCUUGCUGAGAGUCAUGCUGGUCAUCCUUCACGAUUUCCCUGAGUUUUUGGUGGAAAAUUGGUACGGCCUGUGCAACUUGAUUCCUUCGAGCUUUGUCCAGCUGCGCAACCUGGUUUUAUCUGCCUUCCCACCCAAACUAGAGCUUCCAGAUCCCAUGGCAUUGCCUUCAGCUACUCCGAUCAACUAUUCCCUAGUUCCACCGACUGGAGAUAUUGACUUUGGAGUCGUCCUUGCAAAGUAUGGUAUCCGCCGCACUGUGGACCAGGCCCUGCGGCCCAACGGUGUUACCGCGCCAAUUGUGUCCUCCAUAAUAUCGUCGCUGAGCCUAGCGGCUCCAAAGCGUGACGUCGGUGCAGACUUUGAUACCGUAGCGGUCUCGCUUCCAGGAUACAAUGCACUCGUGAUGUAUAUUGCUCAGCUUCGAGGAAGUGGAGAGUUUGAUCCUGAUUCGCCCGCUGCUGUUUUGUGCACAAGACUAUUGAACCAGCUGAACAGCCAAGGUCGGUUUGUGCUGCUGUCAACAAUGGCUAACCAGCUGCGAUAUCCGAAUCUGCAUACUUACUUCUACUCUCAGUACAUCCUCUGGCUGUUCUUGCCCACAGCAGCCACCGUGCUCAAGGAUAAUACUCUGGAGAUCCGGCACAUAGCAACCAGAGUGUUGCUCGAACGCAUCAUCUGCAACCGUCCGCACCCAUGGGGCCUGAUGGCAACGUUUGUCCAGCUGCUCAAGAACCCCAAACACAAAUUCUGGAGUCUGCCUUUCGUCAAAAUCGCUCCCGAGAUUGAGGAAAUGUUCACUUCUCUGUAUACUCAUAUAACUGCUGUAGCCGCGUAA